ACUUCCGGGUAGCGGAGCCGCACGCCACGGGCAUCUCGCCUCUCCUGCCUCCGCUCCCCGGGCGCCCCUCUCGGCUCCCGCCUCUCCUUCUCGCCCGGCCCCACCCGCCAAAAUGAACAGCUCGGACGAGGAGAAGCAGCUGCAGCUCCUCAGCAGUCUGAAGGAGCAAGUGUGACAAAAUUAGGCAAGAACGAGAUGAAGCUGUUAAAAAACUGGAGGAAUUUCAGAAAAUUUCUCACAUGGUUAUAGAGGAAGUUAAUUUAAUGCAGAACCAUCUUGAAAUAGAGAAGACUUGUCGGGAAAGCGCUGAAGCUUUGGCAACAAAGCUAAAUAAAGAAAAUAAAGCAUUGAAAAGAAUCAGCAUGUUAUACAUGGCCAAGCUGGGGCCAGAUGUGAUAACUGAAGAGAUAAACAUUGAUGAUGACGGUUCUGCUACGGACGCAGAGGGUGCUGGCGAGACUUGUGUCUCAGUGCAAUGUCAGAAGCAAAUCAAAGAACUUCAAGAUCAAAUUGUAUCUGUUCAAGAGGAAAAGAAGACAUUAGCCACUGAACUGGAAAAUCUCAAGAGCAAGCUUGUAGAAGUCAAUGACGAAGUAAAUAAAGUCAAACAAGAAAAAGCUGUUUUAAAUGCAGAAGUUCUUGAACAAAGAAAAGUCUUAGAAAAAUGCAAUAGAGUGUCCAUGCUAGCUGUAGAAGAAUAUGAGGAGAUGCAGGUAAACCUGGAAUUGGAAAAGGACCUUCGAAAGAAAGCCGAGUCGUUUGCACAAGAGAUGCUCAUUGAACAAAACAAGCUAAAGAGACAAAGCUACUUUCUGCUGCAGAGCUCAGCUCCUGACCAGCAGCUGUUGAAAGCUUUAGAUGAAAAUGCCAAACUCAUCCGGCUCCUUGAAGAAGAGAAAAUUCAACACCAACAAAAGGUCAAAGAAUUAGAAGAACAACUAGAAAAUGAAACACUUCACAAGGAGAUCCAUAGCCUCAAACAGCAGCUGGAACUCCUAGAAGAAGAUAGAAGGGAACUGGAACUGAAGUAUCAGAGUUCUGAGGAGAAAGUCCGAAAUUUAAAGCAUUCUGUGGACGAACUCCAGAAACGGGUGAACCAGUCGGAGAACUCGGUGCCGCCGCCACCACCACCUCCUCCACCCCUCCCCCCACCACCUCCCAAUCCUAUCCGGUCCCUCAUGUCCAUGAUCCGGAAACGUUCCCACCCCAGCGGCAGCGGUGCAAAGAAAGAAAAACCAACCCAGCCAGAAACAACAGAAGAAGUCACAGAUCUGAAGAGGCAAGCGGUGGAAGAGAUGAUGGAUAGAAUCAAAAAGGGGGUUCACCUCAGACCAGUGAAUCAGGCAGCCAGACCGAAGGCAAAGCCGGACUCUUCUAAAGGCUCUGAAAGUGCAGUGAAUGAACUCAAAGGAAUACUGGGGACACUUAACAAAUCCACUAGUUCAAGAAGCUUAAAAUCCCUUGAAACUGAAAACAGUGAAACUGAGUUAGAGAGGAUUUUGCGUCGCAGGAAGGUGACCACAGAAGCAGAUAGCAGUAGUCCAACCGGGAUAUUAGCCACCUCAGAGUCCAAAUCCAUGCCAGUGUUGGGUUCUGUAUCCAGUGUAACAAAAACAGCCUUGAACGAGAAAACUCUGGAGGCAGAAUUCAACAGCCUGUUCCCCCCAGCACCUGAUCCAGGUGAAGGGCCCCGUAAGUUGGAAGGACGCACAAGUUCCAAGGUUACAUUUCAGCCUCCCAGUAACACUGGAUGCUGGAGUAAGUACCUGGACAGUGGGAAAGAACCUGGACCCCUUGUAGUUUUAAAUCCUGUUUUCACACCUGAACCCCAAACCAAAGAUCAGGAGGCUGAAAAAGAUCCAACUCAGCCCACGGAGGAAGAAGGCAAAGUUAAACCCGAAUGCCAAGAAGACAGCGUUGAAAAGUCCAGAGAGACAGACAGCUCCAGCUGCUGAGCCGGAUCCAGGAGGCUGACUUGUUCCGAAGUCCUUUGCAAUAAGCACACGAUUAGUUCUGGUGUCUUGGCAAGGGCUACAGACAUUCUGUUGUUGUAACUCUGUUCAGAAUACAGGUUCUUUUUAAAUGUCACUUUAUAAGUAGUUUAACGAUAAGCAUACGUAAACUGUUUAGCAAAAUGCACACUCUAAGUAGUUUUUGAUCUUUAUAGGGUAAGAUUUUUCCUAGUUACUAUAUUAAGUGUGGCUUCUUUUGAAAAGGUUACAAAAACUCCAGAUGUUGGUAUCUUUUUAGGUAAUAUAAUGUGCAUACCACUCAUCAAAUGUAAUACUGAACGUUUUUGGUCCUUGUGGAUAACUGGAUAAACAGUGCUUACUACGUGCAAUGUCAAGGCUCUGCAAAGAAGCUUCUGUAUUGAGCCUGAUGCUCUUCUGAAGGCAAGUUGCAGUCGCA